CUAGUGAACGUACAGAUUCUAGAUGGAUUCAUCCUGAAAAAUUUCAAAAUAGAAGAUUUACUAAACUUCACAAUAUAGAUUUUAAAGAUAUCACAACUCGAAGCUUCUCAACCAUUGAAGAAAUAAAAUAUUUAUCUCCUUCUUCAUCUUGUUCAGGGUGGCAUGUUAAACAAUGA